AAAUACACUCGCUAUAAUUUUUGGAGCUCCCUCGUCCUGCGCCGCCGAGCAUAGUUGAGUUUUUUUUUUUUUUUCGUACAGUGGGGCUGACGGCGUUUGGAGAAGGUAGUGCAAUGUAACAUACCUUACCGACGGGUUCACGCCAGUUCACCGGGUUUACUUGAGGAGAGCUGCCGCCCCCUUUUUUUUUUUUUUUUUUUGACUCGACUCCUUCUUCUCAUUCCUCUCAAAGCGAAACGAGCGGAGCCAAAAAUAAUUCAUUUAUGUAUUAAUGUCGGAUUCCAUCUUUCCCAUCGCCGCCAAGGUUCCACCAGAGCUGUUUAACUUGUCCAUGUGACAGGAAUCCAGAAUGCAUGAAGAAACACUGUGAUAUCUCUGUGGCUGGUCCAUGACACCAAACCCCAUUAAAACCUUUCCACUAUCCACAUACCCCUUGUUCUCAUCACACCGGACUAACAAUCAUUUACAUUUACACCAAGUUCCAGUAUGGCCAGCAAGAGGAAAUCCACUGUGCCCUGCAUGAUACCAUCCAAAUCCAAACAUGCACGUGAGGAAAUCGUUCUGGGCUCGCUACCAGAACUUCUGCCAACAAUCCCAGAAGACAGCAUACUUAGCAUCUCUGGGGAUGAGUCUGGCCACUUCUCUCAAAGCUCCUCCAAAUCUGAAAGCAACAGUGAAACACCAAAAGGAGGUACUUACAGCUGUGUCACUUGCCGAUUCGAGUCCAGAGAUCUUAACUACUUUUUGGAUCACAUGCAUAACUGCCACUUAGACUUCAGAGCCCAGCCCACCUUCUACUGCCUGAACUGCGGGGUGUCAGUUGUCCGUUUCGAGGCUCUUGCUCUGCACAAUGCUAAGAUCCAUCCCAAGAUUAUGGAGGGCCUGGUUACCGCCUCCCUAAGUGUCAACAAAAGAGAUGGAGUGACGACUGUGGAGCAAAGCCUAUUUACAGACAGUGGAGAAGACUACAAAGAAUGCGGGAUCUCCCUCACCAAAACACCGAUCGCAAAGAUGAUGAAAGCCAAGGGGGAGCACAAAAAGAUUGUUGUAUCCCACACUGUGGAGGUACGGAAGAUAGACACUGGAAAGGAGCUAGACUCCAACAUGCUGACUAAUGUGCCUGAACUCCAAAACGGGGCUCUCAGUACCUCUGGGGCCCCAGCUAUGCCGAGGACUACUGUCACUCAUGUGAUAACGACAGUGUCCAACCAAGUCUUUCACCAGCACAAUCCCCCCCUUUACUCCCCCACUUCCUCUGACGUUAAUAAAGAUCUUCCAAAGGUGAUGAUCCCUCUCAGCAGUAUCCCCACCUACAAUGCCGCCAUGGACACCAGCAGUUUUCUCAAGACAUCGUUUGGCAAGUUUCCCUACCCAACCAAAGCUGAGCUCUGCUACCUGACGGUGGUUUCAGAGUUCCCUGAAGAGCAAAUCAAACUCUGGUUUACUGCCCAAAGGCUCAAACAGGGCAUCAGCUGGUCUCCAGAAGAGAUCGAGGAGGCCAGGAGAAAGAUGUUUAACACUGUUUUUCAAGGAGGAGCACCACAGAAGCAGCCUGUGACAGCUCAACAAGUCAAUCACAUUGUAACCCACCACACUGUCACUGGCCUUCCGGGCUUAAAAGGACCAAAUUUUCAAAUGGCCAAAGUUCCAUACGGAGGUAUGAAACAAAGGUCAGUCGGAGUCAUAGCCACACAGGCCAGCUUGUCAACCAAGCCUAAUGUCACAAGGGUCUCGUAUUCUUCUCUAGCUGCCCCACCAAAGUUUCCACCUGCUGUCCGAACAACACAGGAGCCUACCAGAAGUACUGAAAUCUCCGCUGAGCCAGAGAAGAGCAAUGGUCUUGAUGCAGCUGGAGGCAGCGGUUGUGUCAGUAGCACCAGCAGCAGUCGAAGCAGCAGUAGCAGCAGCAUCAGCAGCUAUUCCAGCAUUACCAACGGUGUUGAGAGCAGAAAACCGGUCAACAGCAACAGCAGCCAGAUCAACACCGCCAAUAGCAUUGCCGCGUGCUCCGGGUUCAUUAGCAAUAACAGUGAGCACUGCAUUGCUGACACCAAUGGCAAGCCAAGCGUCAACAGCUUAACAACAGGAGCGGAAGCUCCGGACGCCUCUACGAGUCAAGCAACAAUAGACAACACCAGCAAAUCAAACUCCAGCUGUAACAAUCAUCACAGCAGCAUCGUCUGUGAGGCCGAUGGGGCUCAUGCCAACAGGGCUGAUGAUGAAAACAACAGCUAUACACAUAAGACAGACAACAGCAGUAUUAGCAGUGAUAACUCCAGUUCUACUAGUGAUGACAGCGUCCCUAACAAGAAUCAUGCCAGCAAAUCUCCAACUGAAAGCACCAGCACUACUGUCAUUACAAAAAGCAACUCAUCCAUUAUAGAUGAGGGUGGAAGUAACAAAGACUUUCCCAUAAAAGGGAUAUCAAUCUUACAGAAGCUCAUUAAGCAGGAGGACCUUAUUAUCGGAGAGAGGGCAAGAAAAGAGCUUAGAAUUGACCCCAUUAAGAUCAAUUUUAAAAGGUUGAAGAUGAACGAGCCACAGACUACGUCAGACGUUAUUCAAGAACCCAAGAGUGAUAUUGAGGUGUCUACCUGUCAGACAUCUUUCUCACCACCCUGGAGCAACAAGACCCCAAAACAGCUGCAAAUCCUCCGCCAGGCUUUUUCCAACACCCGCUGGCCAAGCAGCCUUCAGUACGAAGAGCUAAGCAUUCAGACAGGACUUCCUAAGCCAGAAGUUGUGCGCUGGUUCAGUGACAGUCGCUACAGCCACAAGAAUGGGCAGCUGAAAUGGUUGGACACCUAUCAACGCCCUUCAGGAGAGUCAGAAGACACAAGGGGCCGCCAAGACCCUGAGGGGGAGUCACAGGAAGAGCCUUCUCAGGCAAAGAAGAAACUGGUUGAGAAAGAAACAACCGAACAGCUGGAAGGAGAAGCAGGGCAGCGGCUUGGGUGGCAGGAUUCAUGCGAGCCGCUGCUGAAUCUCACAGGGUCCGUGGCUGAUGGCGGUAAGCAUAACAGACCUGAGGAGGCAGGAGAGAUGCAGGAUCCCUGGUUAGAAAGAAGAGGAGGGGAGCACCAGCAGCCAGUGGCGAGACAUUCACUGAUUGAACAAGAGGCAGACACCAAUCAGGCCAGGGACCGCCUGAGGAUGGAGCUGCUGGAGGUGUGAUGAAGCGGCGGAGAAGUGACGUUUUAACGCUGGCCCGCUCCACUGGCUGUGAUUUUUUUUUUCUUCUCUUUUUUUUUAUUUCUAAAGAAAAAAAAAGUGUGUUCAUAAUGACAGCAGAUGUGAUUGUAGCUGGACUCAGACUGAAACUGUGAAUACCCCCCCACCCCCUCGUCUGCCUCUUCCUCUUCUUCUUCUUCUUCCAUCUGCCAUCACUUCCUGCCCCCGAAGAAAGAAAAAGAACUUCUCACCUUUUGAGUCCUGUGAUGUUUAAGCCUUUUAUGCUUCUCUGUGGUUGUGUGGGGAGGGUGCACAUCGAGGUCAGUACUAGGGAUCAAAGGACAGAAAGAAAAGACGCACACUGACUGGAAAACUGACUUGAAUGAGCAAAGCUAGGUUAGGAUAGGGCCGAGUUGUAUUGUGUCUGGGCCGUAGGGAUAUAUAUAUAUAUAUAUCUAU